UGGUGAUACAAGCACUUCAGAAACACGGGGACUAUAACAUUUCUUUCUCUAUGGAUCAAGCAAUUCUUCUUCUGCUUUUAUUAAAAUAUUUAUUUAAGGGUUCAGAGUGUCUCGACUGUGACCAAGGGAAAAUGCCUGCUAGAGCAGUUUCGAUAGAGUGGACUGAAUUGCCCAAAGGGGAGGAUCCAGACUACUAUAUUGUGACAUGCCAGCAAACAGAUGCUUUCAGUCAAAAAAUUGUAAGAAACAUUUCUAAAGUUGAACAGGAACCUGUUAGUACUACAGUUCUGCUUGAGGAAAAUAAGAAGUAUGAUAUAACAAUAGAAUCUCUAAAGAAUGGCCAAAUCUUAAGUGUAAAAUCAUUUAAGACACGUGGAAUUUCAGAAAAUUGCAUAAAAACAUUUGUAACAGCUACUACAGUGUCUUUUAACUGGAGUAUGGUGACCAAAGAAUUUUCAGUUUCUGUUUUACUGAAUGGUACUUCUGAGAUUAUAAAAAGACCCAGUGGAUUCUUUGUAUGGAGAAAUUUGACACCUGCCACCUUAUAUACAUUCAAGUUUAUAUUUGAACAAUUACAUCUUGAAUUUGUAAAUGUGUCUCAGUCACUGGAUGUUCAAGCCGAAACAGGCACCUGUUCCCAAGGGUGGGUGGCAUUCCAAAGCAGCUGCUAUCGAAUGGGUAAGGAGAGCAAACCAUGGAAAUCAGCACAACAAACCUGUCAAACGUCUUCCCAAGGGGCACAUCUUCUUGACAUAGGGAGUGAAGAAGAAUAUGGUUUUAUGUUGUCAUAUCUCCAGAAAAUUAGUCGAAUAAUCAUGAUAUGGACAGGCCUUAAUGACUUAAAGGAAGAAGGUCAGCUCUUGUGGACAGAUGGAUCUCCCUAUCUUCUAAAAGCUGGUAUCUCAUCUUUGUCAAUGAUACCAGAAAACCAAACUGACUGCUAUGCCCUUCAGAGAGAUCCUACUGGUCCAGAUUAUUUCUUCACAGGAUUUUUCUGCUAUGUACAGCUGCCAUAUAUUUGUGAAUAUGAAUUACCUUUGGUACCAGAGAACAUCACGUUUAGUGUGCAUGAUGUCAAGACAACUGAAGCUGUAUUUAUGUGGAGUGAUAUGGGCAUGUGGCUUAAGUCAGGCUUUGCACUUAUAAUCAAGUACUAUUUUGAUCAGUGGAAACCAUACAUUCUGAACUUGCCUGUUAAUACAACUCAAACAGAAAUUGUGCACUUGUCUCCUGGCCUUCACUAUAGUUUUUUAUUAGCAGCAAGGAACUCAGAAGGAGCACAGUCUAUCUUAAGUCCAAUUCUGAAGGUAGAAACAAGGCCCUUGCACUCCCAGAAGUUAGAGGCUACAUAUGUUUCAUCUGCAGAAAUACAUUUAAAAUGGAAUCCUCCACAGCAUUCAUCCAGUGCUUCUUUUCAUUACUACCUUGUCAACGUGUUGGAUACUGAAACCAACAUCUGGGAACGGUUACCAGUUGAAAAAAGCAAGACUUCAAUAGUCAUACGAAAUACAAAACCUUAUCAUCAUUAUCAGGUAUAUUUACAGAACGUAGCAGAGAAAGGAACUCUCAGCUGCCAUGAGAAGCCUAUAUUAGUCACAACAGCUGUCAGUCCACCGACAGCUGUUUAUAUUCACCCAGAGGAUGUACAAGAAGAGAGUGUGAUCCUUCGCUGGAAGCUGCCACAAGAGUGUCAGGAAUCCUAUGUUCAAGUAAAACCUAAUGCAGACAUGGGUGAAACUAAAAAGUUUAUAUUAAACAAUACAGAAGAAUUUAAGAUUGAUCUCCUAAUUCCUGGAACGACUUAUGAAAUAGCAGUGGCAAGUGUGAAUAAUGGAGCUAUGAGUGAACUGAAGACCAUUCAAUGCACUUUAAAGCCCAAGCCUGUUCAAAUUGUAGUUCCUUAUGGGCUUUAUAGCAAUGCUGUGGUACUAUUUGUUCGCAUGCCUGAUAUUGGAGUAUUUGAUGGCAUUUAUGUUACAAGUAAAGAAGGACCUAAUGCAACAUUCACUUUAAAAAGUGAUGGUAAAAUAACAAUUGAAAACCUUACUGCAGGAACAGAAUAUGAUUUCUGUGUUUCCACAAAAAGUGGAAAAAUGUUGAGCUCCUGUCACCAUAUAUAUGGUGUAAAAACAUGUCUGGCAGCUCCGCUCAAUGUACGAGAAGGUGAUGUUACUGACACUUCAAUACAGAUUACUUGGGAUCGGGCUGAUGGAGAUUUUGAGCAAUAUGAAGUUAUAUGCACAAAUUGUGCAAGUGCUUUCAGGGUCCAGAAGGUUAAGCAAGAAACAGCAAUGUUUUCCAACCUUAGUCCUGGUAAGCUGUACAAUUUUGCAAUUCGAACAGAGAAAGAGGGUUUCAGAGACAGUAUUUUUGUGACAAAGGAAAUAGACACAGUACCAAGUGCAGCUAAAUAUCUGAACUAUAGCAGAGACUCUGAAUCAAUAACUGUCACCUGGCCACCAGCCCAAAAUAUAUUUGAUGGAUAUGUUCUUUCAAUAAAUAGUAAAGACUUCAAUGAGAAGAAAAUGUUACCUUCUGAUGUAAGAAUGUACAAAUUUGAACAUCUUCUGCCAGGCACUGAUUUCCUAAUCAGUAUUGUGACAACGAACGGAUUAAAAAGGAGUCACCCUACCGUCCUCAAGAUUAACACCUAUCCUGGUCCACCAUCAGAUUUACAGGUGUUUGGACAAGAAGAAAAUACAGUCUAUCUUUCUUGGAAACUACCAAGAGGAGGAUUUGAUAUGUUUCAGCUUUCAUAUUGUCCAAUGAAUAAUGAAAAGCUGAUUAUCAGAACUAUUUAUGACAGCAGAGCUGUAGUGCAAAAUCUGGCUCCUGGGACAGAAUAUGUUUUUCAUUUAAGGACAGUUAAAGGCUUGGAUUCCUCUGUGGCUGUGGAGAAAAAAGCCAUCACAAAACCUGCUGGGAUAUGUGGUCUGACAUUAAAAAUGGUAAAUAGUUCAUCUGCAACUGUAAUGUGGAAUCCAACCAAGACAAACUUCACUUCUUAUAAAGCAUCUUUAUCAAAUGACACCUUUAUAAAAACGUUAAGGAUUCCAGGAACACUGACUGACUUCACUGUUAUGGACUUGACUGCUGGUGGCAUUUACAACUUCACACUGCAAAGAGUGAAAGGAAAUACUGAAGGAACUUCUUCUUUCAUUGAAUUUGUAACAGAACCUGCAAAGCCAGAAGGACUUAGAUUCUUCAAUGUUUCAUCAUAUUUUUUUUCACUGUAUUGGAGACUACCAUAUGGACUUGUAGACAGAUUUCAUGUGGAUCUUAUUCCUGAUCAUGCUUCUGUUGUUAUCCUAGAUCUUGGAGUUAGGAAGUAUCAAGCUGAUUUUUCUAAUACUAUUCCUGGAACAACAUACAAUGUUACAGUGUCUGCAGUUUCUUCUUCACUUUAUAGUUCACCUGCAAGUAGAACAGUGACAACAAAUGUGACAAAUCCUGGACCCCCUGUGUACCUUGCAGGUGAAAGAGUGGGCUCUGCUGGGAUUCUGCUGUCAUGGAAUACACCGCUGCAUCCAAAUGGCAGAAUUCUCUCCUAUAUUGUUAAAUAUAAAGAAGUCUGCCCAUGGAGGCAAACAGCUUAUACACAGGUCACAACAAAGCCAGAUAGUUUGGAAGUUCUUCUCACCAAUCUUAAUCCUGGAACAACUUAUGAAAUUAUGGUUGCUGCUGAGAACAGUGCUGGUAUUGGAGUAUUUAGUGAUCUUUUCCUUUUUCAGACUGCAGAAAGUGCUCCAGGUAAAGUAGUGAAUCUCACUGUUGAAGCCUUAAAUUCUUCAGCUGUAAAUCUGGUCUGGUUUCUACCUCGGCAACCAAAUGGAAAGAUAACUAGUUUCAAGAUUAGUGUGAAACACGCAAGAAGUGGAAUUGUAGUGAAAGAUGUCUUGGUUAAAGUAGAGGACCUUCUGUCUGGGAGGUUGCCAGAAUGUAAUGAUAAGAGUGAAUCAUUUCUGUGGAGUACUACCACUCCUUCAACUACUUUUGGGAAAUCCACAAUUCCUUCACAGACUACAGUUACACCAAAUACAGAGGCACCAAGUCAGAUGAGCUCUGUUUGGAAUGAACCGAUUAGCUUUGUUAUAACUAACCUCAGGCCAUAUACCACCUAUCUUUUUGAAGUUUCUGCAGUUACCACUGAAGCAGGCUACAUUGACAGCGCAAUUGUCCGGACACCAGAAUCAGUUCCAGAAGACCCACCACAAAAUUUUGCCAAGAGCAACGUUACAGCAAAGUCUUUCUCAGUAAUGUGGGAACCCCCAGCCAUAGUAACAGGAAAGUUUAGUUACAGAGUUGAGCUGUAUGGACCAUCUGGUCAUAUUCUGGAUAACAGCACAAAAGACCAUAAGUUUGUAUUUAGUAACCUUGUGCCGUUUACAACAUACGAUGUGUACGUCGGUGCUGAAACAAGUGCUGGGGUGGGGCCAAAGACUAACCUUACAGUUUUCACUCCUCCAGAUGUCCCAGGUGCUGUAUCAGAUUUACACUUAGCAGAAGUGGAAGCCACAUAUAUAAAAAUUGUUUGGAGGAAGCCACGACAACCAAAUGGAAUCAUUACCCAGUACAGAGUUAAAGUACAUGUGCAGAAAACACUCAUGACUCUGGAAAACAUUAUUCUUGGAGAUAAAAAUACGUAUUUGAUUGAUUCUUUGGAGCCAUACACAAUAAAUGAAAACAUAAACCCUUCUUCUCCCACUUGGAAUUCAUUGGAAACAGCCAAUGAUUUAUAUGAAGGUUCAGCUGAAAUGUUUUCCAGCAUUCAGACAGCUUCCCCAGUAGUAUUUACAAGUGUAUCUGGUGAUAAUUUGCCUGCUAUAAAUGGAGCUGCAGAAUUACAUUCUGCUUUGGAUAAUCAGUAUACCAUCAACAUUUUGGCUGAAGAGCUGUCAUAUGUUAUAAAGAGCCUCACACCUUUCACAGAUUACACAAUUAGUGUGUCUGCUUUCACUGCUGUUGGAGAAGGACCACCAUCAGUUCUUACGGUCAGGACAUGUGAACAAGUUCCAAGCUCAGUACAAAAUAUAUCUUACAAGAAUAUUAGCUCCUCCUCUGUUUUGCUGUAUUGGGAUCCUCCAGCAAAUCCCAAUGGGAAAAUCAUCCAUUAUACAGUUUAUGCAAUGGAACUGGAUACAAAAAGAGCAUUCCACACAACAACUUCAAACAACAGCUUACUUAUGACAGGCUUAAAAAAGUACACAAAUUAUAAAAUGAGAGUGGCAGCCUCUACUGCAAUUGGAGAAAGUGCUUUGUCUGAAAAGAAUGAUGUUUUCGUGAGAACCCCUGAAGAUGAACCAGAUUCCCCACCUCGAAACAUAGAAUUAAUAAAUGUAAGUGCAACAGAAAUAAAUCUGAAAUGGUUACCACCUGAGCAGCCUAAUGGUCUCAUAACUCACUAUGAAGUUCUGUACAGUGAUUCCAAUGAUUUUUCUAUUAAAAAUGCCUCAUCUACAAGUAUAUCACUGAGUGAAAUGAAACCAUAUACUCUCUACAAUAUUUCUGUAAGGGCAUUCACCAGACUUGGUCAUGGGAAUCAGUCAUCUUUCCCACUUCUGGUCAGAACUUCUGAAACUGUUCCUGAUUCUGCACCAGAAAAUAUAACCUAUAGGAACAUUUCAUCCAUGGAAAUUGAAUUAUCAUUUUUUCCACCGUCCAUUCCCAAUGGAAUUAUACAGACCUACACAAUAUAUCUCAAGAGGACUAAUGGGACUGAGCAAAAAGUUAUAAACACUACUCUUCUGACAUUACGUAUUACAGAUUUAAAUAAAUAUACAGAAUAUACUGUAGAAGUGUCUGCUAGUACCAGAAUGGGGGAGGGCCUUCGUAGUUCACCUCUGCAUAUACUAACUGAUGAAGACGCUCCGAGUUCUCCUCCACAAUCCCUCUCUGUAAAACAGUUGUUGGGUGUCACUGUGAAGUUGUCAUGGAAACCUCCAUUGGAGCCAAAUGGAAUUAUCCUCUAUUACACAGUUUAUGUCUGGAAUAAAAUGUCAAAAAGGAGUGUUAAUGUAACAGAAACAUCAUUGGAGUUCACAGACCUAGAAUAUAACUAUGAGUAUAGUGCUUACCUAACAGCAAGUACAAGAUUUGGAGAUGGGAAUAUAAAAAGUGAUACUAUAACAUUCAGAACUUCUGAAGGAGCACCAAGUGAUCCACCGAAAGAUGUUGCAUACAGAAACCUUACUUCCACAUCAAUAAUGCUAUUCUGGUCUCCUCCCCAAAAGCCUAAUGGAAAUAUACUGUACUACUCAGUUUAUUUCAAAAAUAAUUCAGGAAUAUUCAUACAGAAUUUCACAGCUUAUGGUAAUGACAGCAACAUCAGUAUGCCCCCGUUUGUAGUUCUGGAUGACUUGGGAAAAUACAGCCAUUAUAUUUUAUGGUUAACUGCAAGUACAGCUUUUGGAGAUGGAAACAAAACCAGUGAAAAGAUAGAUGUGUAUACAGAUCAGGAUAUCCCAGAAGGUUUUGUUGAAAAUCUGGUCUAUCAAAACAUUUCCUCAUCUUCUGUGAAUGUAAGCUGGCUUCCACCAUCCCAGCCAAAUGGCUUAGUCUUCUUUCAUGUUUCUCUAAGUUUAAUGCAACUGGGAACCAGCAAGGUUUUGUCUUUCCUUACUUACAACACAAGCAUAAUGUUUGACAAUCUGGAGAAAUAUACCGAUUACAUUCUGAAAAUCACACCAGCCACUGAUAAAGGAUCUUCUGAACAGCAUACUCUAAGUCUGCAUAUAAGAACUGAUGAAGAUGUCCCAGAAUCAGCACCUAUAAUCAAAACAUUUUCAAAUCUCUCAACUACCUCAGUUAUGUUUUCAUGGGACCCCCCUGUUAAGCCAAAUGGUAUCAUAAUAAGUUAUGAUUUAAAAUUAUUUGGACCAGAGAGGAAUAACUCAUUCUCUACCACCAAUAAUUUUAUCGUCUUGGAAGACCUUCUUCCAUUCACACUGUAUAGCAUUUAUGCAGCUGCAAGAACAAUAAAAGGACCUGGUCCAUCUGCUGUGCUUCAAUUUUACACAGAUGAGUCAGUGCCAUUAGCUCCACCCCAGAAUCUGACUAUUAUCAACUAUACGGCAGAUUCCGUGUGGCUAAAAUGGGAUCCAAGUCCCCAGUCAAAUGGUGUUAUUAUGAGAUAUAAUUUUAAGAUUUAUCAAAACAACACAGAAAAACUAAUUUAUCAGAACAUUUCAGGUUCAAACCACGAGGCAAACCUUGUUGGAUUAGAACCAUUCAGCCCCUAUUCUAUCAGUGUCUCUGCAUUUACCAAGCUUGGGAAUGGCAAUCAGUUCAGUAAUGCUGUCCAGUUUACAACGAUGGAGUCAGUACCAGACGCUGUCCAGAAUGUUCGUUGUAUUGCAAUGAGCUGGCAAUCAAUCCUAGUGCAGUGGGACCCUCCUGCUUCAUCCAACGGUGUAAUUACGCAUUACAUCAUAACAGUUGAAGGAAAUUCUACAAAUUUUUCAUCUUAUGAUACACUGCAUACUUUUAGAAAUCUGCUUUCCAAUAUUACUUAUCAAAUUAAAAUAAAAGCUGCAACGUCUGCUGGUGAUGGUGAAGAACGGAUAUGCAAUACCAGUACCCUUCCAGAAAAAGUUCCUAGUGCUCCCAGGGAUAUUGUUUUUUCCAAUGUGCAAUCAACAAGUGUGACUUUGAAUUGGAGAACACCAAAAUCUAUCCUUGGCUACUUUCAAAACUACAAGAUUACCACACAGCUACAGUCUGUCCACUGCAGUGACUGGGAAACUAAGGAAUGUGUUGAAUAUGAGAUGCAUCAAUAUUUAUAUGAAAAUGUGAUGGAUGACUGGAUAGAAGACACAGUGUAUGGACUGAAAAAAUACAGAUGGUACAGAUUUGCAGUUGCUGCCAGUACGAGUGUUGGUUAUGGCAGUUCUUCACCUUGGAUUUCAACACAAACACUUCCUGGCUCUCCAGAUGGUCCUCCAGAAAAUGUGACUGUUUUAGCUACAUCUCCUCACAGUAUUAAUAUCAGCUGGAGUGAACCUGCCAUCAUCACAGGACCAACAUGCUACCUCAUAGACGUUACCUCAGUAGAUAAUGGCAACUAUAAAGCUCAGUUUUUGAAGACAAAGGAUGAGGUUAAAGUCUUAGAAAUUUCUGAUUUAAAAGCAUUUACAAGGUAUUCUGUAGUAAUCAUUGCCUUUACGGGGGAUGUUAAUGCUGCUCUCCUAGAAGGCAAGGCUAGUUCUCCAGUGAUUGUCUCCACUUUUGAAGCAGUACCUGAAGACCCACCUAACAACAUAACUUUUCAGAAGAUACCAGAUGAAGUAACAAAGUUCCAAGUAACAUUUGUGCCACCAUCUGAACCAAAUGGAAAUAUUCAAGUGUAUCAAGCUAUGGUUUACAAUGAAGAUGAUCCCGCUGCCAUCCAGAUCCACAACCUCAGUGUCAUUGAAAAAAAAGAUCAGUCAGUCACUGCCAUGAUAGAAGGACUAAAAGGAGGACAUACCUAUAAUGUCAGCGUAUAUGCAAUUAAUGGUGCUGGCGCGGGGCCGAAAAUUCAAUUGAAAAUAACCAUGGAUAUCAAAGAACCGCCAAGACCUAAAAAGAAACCAGUACCAGUUUAUGAUACCAAUGGGGCAUUACUCGUCACAGCUACAACAAUUGCAAUCAAAAUGCCAAUAUGUUAUUACAGUGAUGAUCAUGGCCCUAUCAAGAAGAUACAAAUUCUUGUUGUGGAAGCUGGAGCUCAGCAUGAUGGGAAUGUUACUAAGUGGUACGAUGCCUACUUCAACAGACCAAGGCCAUAUUUUACAAAUGAAGGCUUUCCAAACCCACCAUGUGUAGAAGGAAAAGAAGUUCUGAGUGGGAAAGAAGAGAUAUAUGUCAUAGGUGCUGAUACCACAUGUAUGAUACCAGGCAGUCAAGAUAAAAUAUGUAAUGGUCCACUGAAACCAAGAAAGCAGUACCUAUUUAAGUUCAGAGCAACUAACAUUAAAGGACAGUUUACAGAUUCUGACUAUUCUGACCCUAUCAAAACGUUAGGUGAAGGACUAACCGGAAGAUCUGUAGAAGUUAUCCUUGCUGUUACUCUGUGUAUACUUUCGGUUGUUCUUUUGGUGGCUGCAGUGUAUGCUUUUGCAAGAAUUCGGCAGAAGCAAAAAGAGGGAGGCACAUACUCCCCACGAGAUGCUGAAAUUAUUGACACUAAGUUCAAACUGGAUCAGCUGAUCACAGUGGCAGACCUGGAGCUGAAGGAUGAGAGAUUUACACGAUACUCUUCGUUUUUCUUUAGACGCAAGGAGAUAUUUGUCAUCCAAUUACUUAGUUAUAGAAAAUCCAUCAAGCCAAUAAGCAAGAAAUCCUUCCUACAGCAUGUUGAAGAGCUUUGUACAAACAACAACCUAAAGUUUCAGGAAGAAUUUUCGGAACUUCCCAAGUUUCUUGAAGACCUUGCUUCAACUGAUGCUGAUCUGCCUUGGAACAGGUCUAAGAAUCGUUUCCCAAACAUAAAGCCAUAUAAUAACAACAGAGUAAAACUGAUGCCUGACGCUGGUAUUCCUGGAUCUGACUACAUUAAUGCCAGCUACGUGUCUGGUUAUUUAUGCCCAAAUGAGUUUAUUGCAACUCAGGGACCAUUACCAGGAACGGUGGGCGAUUUCUGGAGAAUGGUGUGGGAGACAAGAGCUAAAACACUUGUGAUGCUUACACAAUGUUUUGAAAAAGGACGUAUAAGAUGUCAUCAAUACUGGCCAGAAGAUAAUAAACCAGUGACUGUGUUUGGGGAUAUAGUGAUUACUAAAUUGAUGGAAGAUAUUCAAAUAGACUGGACCAUCAGAGAUCUAAAAAUUGAAAGGCAUGGAGACUGCAUGACGGUGCGGCAGUGUAACUUUACUUCUUGGCCAGAACACGGAGUCCCUGAAACAACUGCACCAAUUAUCCAUUUUGUAAAACUUAUCCGUGCAAGUCGAGCACAUGAUAACACACCAAUGGUGGUUCACUGCAGUGCUGGCGUUGGAAGAACAGGUGUUUAUAUUGCACUUGACCAUUUAACCCAACACAUAAAUGACCAUGAUUUUGUGGAUAUCUAUGGACUUGUAGCUGAGCUAAGAAGUGAAAGAAUGUGUAUGGUACAGAAUCUGGCACAAUAUAUAUUUUUGCAUCAAUGCGUAUUGGAUCUGUUGACAAGCAAGGGAAGUAGUCAGCCCAUAUGUUUUGUAAAUUAUUCAGCACUGCAAAAGAUGGACUCUCUGGAUGCCAUGGAAGGUGAUGUGGAGCUUGAAUGGGAAGAAACUACCAUGUAAAUACUAAGAGUAAACAUGAAAGAAAAUGAGAUUUUGAAAGUUAGACAUAUUUUUCUAAGCACAGGGGCCAAAGUGAAUUCCCCUAUUUUGAUGAUUAAAGCAAACACAGAUGAUCAAAGCAUCUUCUCUUCUAUUAAUGUGCCUUCAUAAGUUGAAGUAUUUUAUUCAGAACACUGAGCAAUAAUGAUUAGGAGUACUUUUGCACAGACUGCACUUCUGGUGUUAUAUGAAUAGUGCACCCAGUAUGUAUAAAGUGUGUUUGAACAUAUUCCUUUUGUUUUGAUUAUCUUUGUAAAAGAAAAACGAGCCAAAUAAGAUGUAAAAAUAUCAUAUUCCCGUUGAACUUUUUUUGGUGUGAAUUUGAUGUGUUCUGCAUGUUUUGGUUUUAAGUAAAAGCUACAGUUUCUUGAAUCAUUCUUGCUAGAUUGGCUUCAGUGUUGUCAGCUCUUGCAGAUUAAUUCCAAUACCAUCAUAAUGAUCUUUACAUAACUGUAUGCUCCGGUGUUUUGAAUAUUUUUUUUACAAGUGGUAGCAUAUCAGCUCAUGAUCCUGAACAGCUGAAGAGUCACCUUCUGACAUGGAAAGGAUUAUUCAACUCUUACACAGCACACAGUAGCUCUUCAGGGACACUUGGGGCUAUUUAAGCUAUUUAAUAAUCAGCAGGUUGUUUUUUUAAAUAUAUAAUGGUGAUUGCAUAUGUUCAAUGCAGAAGAAAGUAUUUAACAUUCCUGCUACUUUUUCAAACAGAUAAAACAAAGUAAAACUAUAAAUCUAUUAUCUAUUACAAAGAAUUUUAGAUUGACUUAUGUAAAAGAAUGUCUAGAAUUCAUUCACAUUUCUUGAAUAUAAUACUAUUCAGUAUUUCAAAAGAUUGCUCAAAAUGUAAUGUCAAGACAUUUUAUGACAGUGUUGUCAAGUAAAAAUGUUCUUGCUCCUUCCUCAGGUUUGGCAUCACUGUAGACACUGAAAAUUAUGGGAGCUAAUAUUUGGAGAUUUAAUAAAAGGAAACAUCUUCCACUUCCACUAAUGAUGAUGAUGAUGAUUAUUAUUAUUAUUUAUUAUUAUUGGAAAGAGAUAUGAAACAGGAAUGAGAGAAGCGGGAAGCUCUUAUCAGAGAAGCAGAGCAAAAAUAUGUAGAGUAGGAAGACUAGAGAGAUAAUUAAACUGUGUGCCCUAGUGUUGCAUGGAAGUGACAAUAUUCAAUUGAUAUUAGUGGGGGGAAGGGUUGAUUGCUAAGUUUUUCUCUGUGUAAAGAAAUGUAUCAUCAUUCUGAAUAACACUGAAAAUGUGACCUUAAUCUGAGUGCAAAACAUAAUAGCAAAAAGACUUCAGAGCUGCCAUCUUAUAUUAUGUUUAGACAGAAAAAAUCAAAGAUGCCUUAUUGAGGCAUCAAACUAAGAGAAUUCGGAAAAAACCUCUUUAGAACCUUGAAAUAUGUAUGUGAGGAGCUGUGGUUGCAUGCACACACUCUGAAUGGAAGAGUAAAUGAACAAAUCUUUCCAUUUCUUGACUGUAGCUACCAGACGAAAAUGCUAUGCAAUGUGUAACCUGAUACUUUUCAGAAGAAAACGAUAGUAGGUGCUUUUAGAAGCUGGCGAGAUUGGUACAGUGAAGACCCUUUGUAAUUUAACAGAAAGUGCUAAGUAUCUAAAACGAAAAUCAAAAGACAGUGUUUAAGGAGGUGGAAGUGGUCUACGAAGAUAUUUGGGCAAUCUGUCUUUUAGGAAGAUUGACGGUAUUGUAAACAUCACCUGUCAAGCUAAAAAGUAAACAAUGCCUUUUAAAGCUGGAUAGAGCAAGAGAGAGGUGAUGUCCACAGCUGUUCACGUCUCUGGCAAAGCAUUCGGUACAGCUCUAGUUUCAUUUGGCUCCUAUGAAACACGUGUUCUUCAUUUAUUAUACAUGUACUUUAAAGUAUUCUGACAAAUUGCUUAUAGGGACUUACAGAUGUUUUUCAUCAUUUGUAGUUGUACUUGGUAGCAGUACAUGCUAUGAUAAAUUGACACUAUAGAGUCAUAAUCUUUUAUAAUUUUAUAUCCACAAUAGUGGAAUAUCUGUAUGUGUGCCAUUUCUCUUUUGAUUGGAGGAAAAAUCUAAGAAGCCUUAUGCAACUUACAGUUGAGCUCCAGAAGUUUCAAAUGUGCUUAAGUGUUUUCUGUUUUUUAUAAAAUACUUAAUGAUGAAGACUCCUGUAUACUCCUUUAGGGAACCUGCCUGUGGUCAGACACUGCACUUGGUAGUCUGGUGGUCUGACAACUUAGUAAGAGACCAGAAAAUGUGCGUUUCUUUGCUGUAGAGGCAAAGCAAAAGCUGAAAAGUAAUUCAAGUAGUUUACUGUACCAUUUGAUGUAAGCGAUCUCAUAUGUUCUACCUUGAUACAUUUUGCAUUGUCUUCAGGGUAAAAGACAAUAAUCAUAAUAAAGUGGCCACAACUCAUAAGAUAUAUGGUCAGGGAAAGAAAUAUCUCCAAACAACUCUCUCCAAGAACUGGUUUUCAGUAUAAACAUAGCAGUAGUUCACUGACCUUCUUGUGUCUGCCAAUGCUUUACAGGGGUAGGAGAGCAUCUAUAUAUCAGAAAAUUCCUCCAGACCUUGGUGCAGUCAUGAAGAAAGAAUUUCCACAGUCUCUUGUCUUUCAUCCCUCCUUCCCUUAUGCAAUGACAGCUAUGGUGGUUCUACUGACAGCACUGUAGAGCUGGAGGCAAGCAAUUUCUCUUUUAAGAGUAUGCGUAUAUAAAUAAAGCAGCACACCAAUUCAUUUUUAAUAUCAUCACUCGAUUUUCUACAAAUUCUUGUCAUUACUAAUAUAUCAAGAGUGUACUCUAUCAAAAUUAGAAAAGGAAUAAAUAAAAAUUGGAGAAAAAUUCAGAAAUUCUAUAGGAUGAUUCAGAGAUUCUCUAGGAUUAUUGCAAUUGUAUUGAAACUAAGUCAUACUGUAUUAAAUUAUCUGGGCAACUUCUAGAGGCUGAUAUGUCUCCAUACACAGAAGAAGCAGUCUUUAUAUAUGUAUUUAUAGCCAGUUCUGCUGGACAUCAUUACGAGAGGCUACUGUCAGGGUCCUUAAAAACUGAUCCGUUCUGUUCACAAAGGUAACAGAAAGACAGCAGAACAUCACAUUCAUGUUGAAUUUUAAUCUUAUACUGUUAAAAGAGUUGAUAAAAAUAAUUGUGCAAAGUUGUGAUUUUAUUGUAUAUAUGGAGCUAUUCAGUAAUUUAAAUUCACAACAUUAUGUGAAAGAUUAAUAACAUGAAUUAAUCUGUGUAAUACCCUCUGUGUACUGCUGUAAUACAGAGUAUGCUCGUAAGCAGUUACUAAGACAAAGCACGAAAGAGCAAUGAGUCAAUCAUAUUUUUUACUAAGGUAACAAGACAGGGAGAUUUCUUGGUUGAAUACAGAAAUCACAAAGCAUCCUAGAUCUGAACAUGAAUUUGCAGAUUCAGGACACAGAGCCCUGCAAAAUCUGUAAAGAGAAAAGAUUUUCUCUGAAUAUUUUGACAGCAAGUUACAACAAAAUUUGAGAUGUACCUGUUUCAGAGGGUAUUACAUGUAUGUUAUAACACAUCAUUGUCUAUCCAUGAAAACAAAUGAUAAAAAUAGAUCCAAAUUAAUUUCUAUUUUAAGACCUAUGAAAAGUAAUCAGUUAGCUCUCUGGUUUAGAGGAUAUGCAUAUGAUAAUAACGAAUUCAGGGUUGUUUUAUAAUUAAACUACAUGCCCAUUCAGUGCUGAAAAAAUCUGUAAUGCCUUGAGUACAGUCAACUGUAACUGGAAACCACUGACACAUAGUGCUGAACAUGUCUUUGUCGAUUUUGAUUUUAAGGAAAAUGUACUGAAAGGUGAUCCACUGUUUCAACCACUUCUCUGUGACUGUUGUGUCACCACUCUAUGUAUGGUGUUGAAAAGACAAGUCCUCUCAACAUUGUUCUCCAUGGUUUAUUCUUUUUUCUAAUGCUGUAUUGCUUGUCUAUAUGUGAUUAUACUAGAAGGAAUUGUAAACAGUAAUAUGGAUCCUCUGAAUUCAAAUACUGCAGGCAUGAUC